AUACUCGAAGUAUACUCUCUAUGUCUGUGGUUGGCAUUGCCCGGUCUCGUACACGUUCCUCGUUCGAUAACAUCGUGAGAUUCGUCUGUGAGGGCCCCGAUAAUUCGCUAUGGCGAGUGGUCUGAAAUUUGGUGGUUAUCCUGCGGAAUACGAUCCUGUGAAACACGGGCCGUACGAUCCCGCACGUUAUUAUGGGAAACCCGACAAAGCGUACCUGGAUCUGAAACUCAGCGAGGUUCCCGGCUGGUUCGCGAGACGUCAAAAGGGUCCUCGGCCGUUUGCGGCAUUGUGCUCACGAGCGUUUUGGCGUUGGCAGCAUAAGUACGUGCAGCCUAAACGAACCGGCAUAGCUCCGUUCUUCCAAGCGAUAGUGGGUUCUAUGAUUGUGUUUUAUGUGAUGAACUACAAGAAGAUACGUCAUCACAAGAAUUACAAAUAUCAUUAAUUGUAUUCUAUCAGUGAUAGAGUGUCUAUAUCUAGAUGAUCAGAAUAAAAGUAACUGGUGCAUCGGCUUCAUGAAACAUGUUCAGCUGUUUAGGAUGCAUUUGAAUAAAUAUUCUUAGUGUGCACAAAAAUACACAAUUUAUUAUAUUGGCUAUAUUAAUUCCCAUCUAAUAUCAAACGUUGAUUAAAAUUAUUUGAAAUUAG